AUGUCGGAAUUCAUAUCAUUUCUGCCUCCUCCGGGUCUCGCACUCGCCAAAUACGAUUCAGCCGCGCUACACACAACGCAGUCGCCCGAUGUGCCAGAAGUGUUCCGUGAUGCCAUGAGCGUGCGCGAAGAUGUCUUUGUCAAGGAGCAGAACGUCGCGUUGGAGAACGAGGUCGACAUGGACGACGCCCGCAGCUUCCACUGGGUCGCUUACGCCUCCGUUGGCACGUCCAGCAGCGACAGUAACACAGCUAUGGGCGGAGUCGACAAGGACUCUGCGACAUCUGCGGAAAAUCCGGGUCGCAAAGGCAGUACCGCCAUGAGACUGCCUGUUGGUACAAUCAGACUCGUGCCUCCUCCUCACCCUCCCCACCCUGAGCCUGGAUCAAGUCAAAAGAUUGACAACCACGAAGGCUUGCCGCAAGACAUGCAGAGUGGGUUUAGCAAGACUGAUAUGCACGACGGCAAGGAAGCAUAUAUAAAGUUGGGCCGACUCUCUGUCCUUGAAGCAUUCAGAAAGCUUGGGCUUGCUCGCCUACUCAUUGACGCCGCUUUGACGUGGGCAUCGGAGAAUGGAGACAAGAUCCUCCCACCAAGGUCACCGGCAGCAGCGGAGCAGCGUAGACUCGAGCUAGGAGGUGGUGCCGAAGCGGAGGAUGUAUGGAGAGGGCUCGUGUUGGUACAUGCACAGGCGUAUCUGGAGAAGUACUGGGCCUCAUUCGGAUUCAUCAGGGACUCGAGCAUGGGAGAAUGGGAGGAAGAGAAGAUCAUGCACGUGGGCAUGUGGAAGCGUGUAGAAGUGGGAGCACAGUCACCGGUAGCGAGGAAGUCAAGCGUGGUGGGUUGA